CCACCCACACCCACACCCCCGGCCCGGGCCCCCAUCUUCGCCCCUUUGUUCCUCCCUCUUUUGCAUCUCUCGCCGGGGCAGGGCACGGAGGGUGGAAGAAACAGGGCGGCAGCCGGGCUGGGAAGGAGGAGGAAGGAAGCAACCCCACCCACCACCCGCUCCUUCUUCCUCCCCCCUCCUCACCCCCCUCCACGCCUCCCAGGGCCCGAGCUGCUGCCAUGGCGGAUAGCAACCCGGACAGCAUCAAGAGAUACACGCCUCCCGUGCACAGGAAUCGUGCAAACAAUCGCCGCAAGGCUGGAGCAGAUAGGGCUGAGAAAGCCAACUAUUCAUACAACAAUGAUGGAGAGAAGAGCCAUGUUCCUUCACUAAAGAACCUUCCUCCAAUUAUCCAUCAUGAUGCUUUUGUCAGCAAUGCUCAAAAUGAUUACAGUCAUGCAAGAUUAGUACCAUUGGAAGGAUGUUCUGCUAGUGAGGCUUCACAGCUUCUCAGUGAACGUUGGGCUGCUGCAAUGAACAUGUAUAAUGACCCAAAUGAUUCCCCUGAUAAACCGGUGAUGUACGCUGGAUCUGGCGGAUCGUCAUGGGGUCAAGGUCACAUGAAACUUCCUCAUCAGAUGAACUUCCUCGAAGAUCUGCGUCGUGCGGUAGAUGCUCAAACGGGCCUGGCAGCGGCGCUCAGCACCUGGAACUAAUUAAAGUCAAGCUGCAUCGGUGGAGUGUCACAGAUUUAUCAGAAGCAAGCUAUUUUGCCAGCUCAAUGUGUGUUCAGUUUCGUUUGAAAACUAUAUGUAUGAUGAUAAGUCCAAAUUUUAGUCUAACCUGCGGCUGCUUGGUUUCUCUAAAAUGGGAGCAGCAGUCAAUCUCUUGUAGCCUUACAGAUGGAAGGGCAUUGCUGUGUCGUGAACCUGAGUCACCGGGUAGGUACUCGAUUACUCUGCCUUAACAAUGCCCUGGUAAAAGUUGUAUUCGGUUGAAAGAAAAAGAUUGUUUGGAUAUACUCUGUCAUGGCCAUGAAUUUUGUGCAGUUCUUUGA